GAACCAGCCAUAGUAACAUUUUAAUUCCAGGUCUGUUCCAUCUUCCCAAAUUGGUGCGUGACGCACUGAGGAGGCGCGGCCACUUGCGUCCAUAAAAGCCUGCACCGUUCACACCGUCCUCACAACCGAGACCCUAGCAGAUAACAGCCCACUAAGAGGGAGUCGAGCGGUCCUCUCAGCGGCAAACAUCUGCAAACAUGAUCAAGAAAGCAUCGCAGUCCGAGAGCGACUUUGAUAUUCCAGCCAAGAACUGCCACCGCAUGGUGAUUCUGGGCUCCACCAAAGUUGGGAAGACAGCGAUCAUCUCGCGGUUUCUGAACGAGAGAGUGGAAGAGCAGUACACUCCUACUAUUGAGGACUUCCACAGGAAAUUCUACAGCAUCCGAGGAGAUGUUUACCAGCUGGACAUCCUGGACACAUCUGGAAACCACCCCUUCCCUGCCAUGCGGAGGCUCUCCAUCCUGACAGGUGAUGUGUUCAUCCUGGUCUUCAGUCUGGACAGCAGGGACUCCUUUCAUGAGGUGCAGCGCCUCAAACACCAAAUCUACGAGACCAAAUCUUGCUUGCGGAACAAAACAAAGGAAAACGUGGACGUCCCGCUGGUGAUCUGCGGCAACAAGUGCGACAAAGACUUUUACAGAGAAGUCCAGGAGGACGAGAUCGAGCGGCUGGUCGGCGGGGACGCGCACUGCGCCUACUUUGAGAUAUCGGCCAAGAAAAACACCAACAUCGAGCUCAUGUUUCAGACUCUCUUCACCAUGGCCAAACUGCCCGACGAGAUGAGCCCGGGUCGCCACUGCAAAGUUUCCCUGCAGUACUGCGAGGUUCUGCACAGGAAGUCGUUCAGAAGCAGAAAGGGCAAAGACGAGACGGCGUAUGGAGUGGUGGCACCUUUCGCCCGGAGACCGAGCGUUCACAGUGACUUGAUGUACAUCAAGGAGAAAGCAGUCGGGGGCAGUCAAGCUAAGGAAAAGGGCUGUGUUAUCUGCUGACCAAUGGCCUUAAGACUUUCAGAAAAUAUCUAAAACUCUCGACGCUGUAGCGGUUGCCUGGCAGCCCUCGCCCAGGGCAGAAAUGCCCAAACGCCCCCUGUGCCUCUGGCAACAGAUGUGACGAUGCUGCUGUAAUA